AUGCAUACAGGAGUGGAAGGAGGAAACAUCACAGUUAAGUGUUCAUUUUAUAUCUUUGGAAAGUGGAAGCUCUUAUGUAAGAACCAAUGUGAAAGGGGAAACAUUCUCAUUGGAACAACCGACCUUGUAGCUCAAAAUGGCAGAUACUUUAUUAAAUACGAAGAAGAAGAGUUUCCAACACGUCAUGCAGUUCUUUAUGUCAGCAUCACACAGCUGGAAAAAUCUGACUCGGGGCUCUACCGGUGCUAUUUGGACAGAAACUUGGAUCCAUAUUUGUUUGAUAGCUUUCAGCUCACGGUGACAGAAGCUUCAACGCCAACAUUGGGCCUGCAAUCUUUGUCAACUUCCACAACAAUCACUAAACAGCCUGAAAUAACAUUUGUAAAUUCAGGUUUUCUCUGGCCUGUGGUUAUAGCUGUGGUCAUGGUGGUUUUGGUGUUGUUUGUUGUUGUGCAGCUCAUCUGCAAAAAGAAGACUACGGACUCUUGUUUGAACAAACAGAAAAUUGUGAAUUAUAAAAAGAGUGAGAUUGUUCUCUAUGAGAAUCUUCUGACGUUGCCACCUGAAGAGUCAGUAUACCAGAGCCUGGAUCCAGCCAGCAGGGAUGAAGACCAAGUGUACCUUACACUUAAACAGACAUGAAAGCACAAAUAAUCCAGCAUGCAGGCCUGAAUUUAUGUGUCACAACAGACACAGAUUGAUACA